AUGGCUUCAAUUCUCAAACUUGCUGCCCUCAGCCUUCUCAUCGGUGCAGGUGCUUUCCGCAUCUACGAAGCUGAAGACCUCGAGGCUUACGAUGUCUCAACAGCGUGUGUCAGCGCCUUGUCUGCUGAUAUUACCUGCAACCCGUAUAUCCGCUCAUUCAUGCAGCCUUCGUACAGAGGGUCGCUGGACAAUGUGACGUUCACCGAUCAAAUCUGUGUCGGAAGCUGUUCUGGAUCCCUCCGCAGGUGGUUUGAUUCGGUUUCCAAAGACUGCGAAGGCCAGACUCUCGGAUCUAGUAACGCAGUUCCUAUGCGUUACGGCGGCAACAUCUGGGCUGGCUGGAACGAGACUUGUAUCAAAGACCCCAAGACCAAGAAAUAUUGUAAUGAUAUCAUUGAUGAGUUCUUUGAGCCAGAAGAUGGUGAGGAUAUGCCCCGUGAGGAGUUAUGUCACAUCUGCUAUCUGAGACGCCUUGCCAUCAUGCAAUCCUCUCAGUACUCUAUCUAUAAUGAGUACUACAAGGAAGAACUCGAGCGUGUCUACAAGACAUGCGGUGGUUCGGGGCCUACUGAGAUUCUACCUCCUGUGAAGCCAAAAGAGAAAAAGCCAGAAUUCUGCCUGACUGGCGAAUACUACACGACCAAGGGGGGCGACACCUGUGACUCUAUCUCUAAAGCCGCAGGUGUAUCUGGCGCUCUUCUCUACAUGGGUAACCAGGAUGCAAUCCGUAAUUGUCUCGAGGUUCCUGCGGAUUUGAAGCUUUGUCUUCCAACGGCUUGCGAGACUUAUUACGUGAAGCCUCAAGAUACGUGCUUCAGUAUCGAAAGAGCACUGGGAAUCCGCAUGGACAGCAUCUACAAGUACAACUCAUGGGUUGACCGCGAUUGCACCAACCUUCAGGUUGGCACUGAGUUCUACGGCAGGUCCGUCUGUAUUUCUCCUCAGGGCUCCAAAGACACCAUUGAAGCAGUCUCGGAGGGAUCUACGAUCAAGCACAAGUUCAGCAGUGGAAACGGACCUGCAGUACUACGUACUGAUCCACCGAAAGACGCCAAAGUGGCUGAAGGCACGACUCUGAUGUGUGGUGAAUGGCACGUUGUUGGAAAGUCGGAUACUUGCAAUGGUAUCUGCAAGGACUACGGAAUCUGUGAAGACAAACUGAUGUAUGCCAUUAAUCCCUCAUUGAAUGAGAAGGACUGCGAUAAGAGUUUGGUAAUUGGUACGGCUUUGUGCGUGGCACCUGUUUCUGGUUGGGAUGCUUCUAAGUAA